GCCCUGAAGACGUAAAACCAACGCCUUUGAGUCCAUUGACUCCAAGGCCGUGUGUGCAUAAGAUGACCUGAACACAAGGUAAUUGAAGGGAGAGCCAUGUCUUCGAGAUCGUUGAUGCGUCGAAUCUCUCCGUUCUUCGCUGCUGGGAUUCGACAGCACCAGAGGCUCCUCAGCUCUUCUUCUUCUUCUUCUUCUGCUGCUGCUGCUGCUGACAUGCCCGAACCUCAAUCCUCGUCUCCAUCUCUGUCUCCAUCUCUUGAUGUCGUUCACAUUACCGACAAUUGUGUCCAGAAAAUGAAAGAGCUGCAAGCUGAUGAAGCCUCAGGAAAGGGAAAAUUGCUACGGUUGAGCAUAGAAGCUGGUGGAUGUUCAGGGUUCCAAUAUACCUUCUCUCUUGAUGACAAAACCAAUGCGGAUGACAGAAUUUUCGAGAGGGAUGGAGUUAAAUUGGUGGUCGAUGAAAUUUCCUUUGACUUUGUAAAAGGUGCAACUGUUGAUUAUGUUGAGGAGUUGAUCCGCUCGGCUUUCCAGGUAUCUACGAAUCCAAGUGCAGUGGGUGGUUGCAGCUGUAAAAGCUCUUUCAUGGUAAAAUAAUAGUUUUGUGGGAUACGAGUACCAAGUACCUGCUCUAUUUAUCAGCACGACAAGGUGAACAUAUCGUCAAACAUUUUGGCUGCAAUGGAGCACGCGUCUAGAUAGUCUGUUAAUAUUGCAAAAAUUUUGAUCUUAGUUUCAAUUAGGGAUAGUUUGGGAUGUUGCUAUUGAGUGUGGCAUAAUACAUCUAACCAAUUUUCCCCUUGGUACAGACUACAAUCCCUUGUGUUAAUUGGCUGUCUACUGUAUUGUUGAUUGUGCUAAAUUUUUGGUGAGAGAGUCGUAUGGUUGAAGAAUAUCCACUUUUCAGUUAGUUUUUUAUUUGUAAUUUUUUUUUUCCUCUUGGAGAGUUAUUAUCAGAAAAUGAGGGUUUGGAACAUUGUAAUUGAAUUAAAAUAGAUUCUACUGAACUCGUAUAAAAUCAAUUAUUUUUUUGGGAGAUUGGUAACCUCCCUAAGAGCA